UUCCACUCUCUCUAUCUGUCCCCUUCUUCCUUGUCCUCAAAGUCUUCCUUUCUUCUCCAUCCCCAUUUCACACAGAAUCCACAUCUCCUCAGAUAGACCCCUCUCUCCUGUUCACCAAUGGAGGAUUCAGCCCCUUUCAGAAAACCCCACUUCCCAAAUCCAGGGAUGAACAACUCAUCAGCGGUUCAGUUUCAACAGAACCCCAUUACACAAGGUAAGCCUUACCUGCAAUUUCUGUUUAAAGGUGUCUUCUUUGUGGUUUUGGUCGUGGCUCUGCCCUUGUUUCCUUCACAAGCUCCUGAAUUUAUCAACGAUACGAUACUCAACAAGUUCUGGGAGCUCAUUCAUCUUCUUUUCAUUGGAAUUGCUGUGUCUUAUGGCUUGUUUAGCAGAAGAAAUGUUGAGAUGGGGAUUGAAAACCAGUCAAAUGUUGAAAAUGUAGAGUCUUAUAUGCCUAGGAUGUUUGAUGGGUAUGAAAAUCCAUGUGGGUCUGGUGAGAAGAAAGUUCUUGAGAGUUGGAGUUCUCAGAAUUUUGUGGGUAACCAUAAAAGUACUGUUUAUUUUGAUGCCCAAUGCAAACCCAGAUUGCCAAAUUGUGGGGAUGGUCUUGAAAAUUCUUGUGGUUUUAAAAAUAAGAAUGUUGCUCAGGCUUGGAAUUCUCAGUACUUUCAGGGUGAAUCUAUGGUUUUUGUAGCUCAACCAGAUUAUGCUGUUGAUGAGUUUGCGAAACCCAAAUCAGUAGUUGAUGAUGAGCCAUUAGGAUUGCCUGUUCGGAGUUUGAAAUCGAGGGUUAAAAACCAGGAGAAGCCUGAGUUUGUUACUGGGAGUGAGCCUGGUUUUGGUUCAAAGGCUGCAUCUAAUAGUUUUGACUGGAGUAGGAAUAGGAGCUUUGGUGAUUUGGCUCCUAUAAAUUUACUAGAGAAAUUCAAUCAAGCUAUGGCAUCACCUUCCCCAGUUCUUCAGCGUUCGAGUUCUCGAAAGAUGGAAAGGGGAAAAAGAGUAGGUAGUGCCCCUCGUCCUUCACAUUUUAGGCCACUAUCAGUUGAUGAAGCUCAAUUUGAGUUGCUAAAAACUCGGUCCUUCCGGUCCACAUUGUCUUUCUCAUCCGAAACUAGCUCCAAAUCUUCUUCACCUGAAAAGGAGUACUCUUCUGUUAACUCUACAACUUCUGAGGUGCCAAACUCGGAAACGGUUCAUUUGGGGAAAAGAAAGAAGAGCUCCCGAGCGUCUUCUCCUUCAGGUUUACCAUCAGAACCAAAUCCAAUGAUUGAAAAAGUUCCAAUGGGUGGAUUGCAUUCGAGGGGCUAUAGUGUAGGUUCUUUCUUUGAGGAGGAUUUGAGGAAAAGCUCAGAGAAUCACUUGAAGAAAGAAUUGAAUGGGAGUCAAAUUACUGGGGAUCAAUAUGAUUCAGGUAAGAAAGAGUUGGGGACAGGGUCUUUCGGAUCAGAGAAGAAGCCUGCAAGCCUCAGCAAAUCUACAUCAAGAGGAAAAUCAGUCAGAACAAUCAGGGGUAGUAGACUGACCACUCAUGACAAGGUUGAAAACAAUCAAAAGAUGUUUGAUAAUGGUGAAGCUGUAUUUAUGAGAAAAGAGAAAAUGCAAAAUGGAGGACUUGAUAAUCUGUGUGAUAUGCCAAAGCCACCUUUUCCCAAGUACCAGAAGGAACAGAUACAAGACUUUUUUAACCAUCUCAAUGUGCAGUCUGAAGAAGAAUCGGAAAGUGAGGCUGAAAACUUUGAAGUGAGCUCAGAAGAUAGAGUGGAAGCUGCUGCUGCUGCAUUUUGCAACUCUGUCAAUGUUGCAGCAGGACCAGACUCUGAGGUUGAUAAGAAGGCUGGUGAGUUUAUAGCCAAAUUUAGAGAGCAGAUAAGGCGUCAGAAAGUUGCAUCAAUCGACAAAUCAAGAGGGCUCGGCGUCAGUGGGAAUCGCUCUAGGUGAAGUAAUCAUGCACGCCUCAUGAUCGAUGCUGGACAAUUACCCUUUCUUUCAUGUUCUCCCUUAAAUAAUCUAAUCUAUUUUUUUAUUUACACUUGUAUACGAUUAGAUAUAAUGCCUCUAUACCAGGCUGAUAUUUGGGAAGAAUUGUGUCAUGGAACUAUUUUUUCCAGUUUCAUCAAUCAUAAUGUUCUGUUGCAUUCAGUGGC